AUGACUAGCAAGGCGGAUAAAAAGUUGAUCGAGAACAUGUUGGUUCGAAAGCGAGUGUGCGUAGUUCGAGACGUGAUAGAGAAGUUUAAAGAGGGAUACAAUGCAGAUAGGGAUGCAAAUCAAAUUCAGGUGAGGCUAGAUACUCUUGAAAGAUGCAACAGAGAAUUUCUUGAGGCACAAGCGGAAAUCGAAAUGCUUGACAAAGCCGAUGCGUUCGAACAACAUCUCCAAAUACGGGCUGAUUUCGAAAAUCGUUUUUGUGCGCUGAAAGGGUUUCUGAUGUCCAAACUGGAGGUCCCGCAGCAGAUCCUAAAUUCAACAAUGGCGAGCUUUAGCCACCAGCCAACAUCCGUUAGCUUUCAUCAUCGUCUGCCGAAAAUUGAUCUGCCGAAGUUUAAUGGGGAUGAGUCGCGUUGGAUUUCUUUUCGAGACAAUUUUCUAUCCAUGAUCCAUUUCAACGAUGAUAUCCCAUUGGUGAAUAAAUUGCAAUAUUUGAUUCAAGCUUUAGAAGGGGAUGCCAAGAAACCAUUCGAAACCGUUGACAUUCAAGCGGAUAAUUAUGCGUCGACUUGGGACGCUCUGUUGAAGCGAUUUGAUAACAAACGGUUCUUGAAAAAGGAAUUAUUCAGAGGUUUAUACGAGUUGCCAUCGAUAAGGCGCGAAUCUGCUCAGGAUUUAAACACGCUUGUUGACGAUUACCAACGCCACGUGAAAGCUUUGGGAAAGCUAGGAGAACCUGUUGCGUCGUGGAAUACACCGUUAGUUUACAUUCUUACGAGUAAACUUGAUCCCGCCACUGUUCGCGCUUGGGAGCAGGAAACCCGCCAGAAGGAUGAUGUCACUUACGAAGAACUUGUUGACUUUCUCGUGCAGCAUGUACGAAUGCUUAAAUCUGUGUCGAGUGAUUUGCAGCACCGUUCACAACCAGCUACUGUCAAGGUGGCCGGAUUUGUUCCGAAGAAACCCUAUCAUGGUAAAUUCGUAGCCAACGCUGCUACAUCCGACACCAAAGUUAACAACCCUCAAUGCCCGGCUUGCCCCGAAAGACAUCUUCUGUAUCAAUGCCCAAGGUUCACCAAGCUCUCUGUUUCUGAACGUCGAGAAUUAGUUAGUCAGCGAAGCCUGUGUUGGAAUUGCUUUCGUACGAACCAUCAAGCGCGAGCAUGUAAAUCCAAGUUUUCAUGCAGAACCUGCCAUGCAAAACAUCACUCGCUGUUGCACGACCAAGUUGCACCCUCUAAAAUAUCGACGACACCUGCUGUUACAACCGAACACAAUGCAAAGCAACCUACCGCGACCACGUCAGCGAACGUAAGAAGUUCUGAAUCUGCAAAUCCACCCGAAAUUAGUCUCUCCAUCCAAUCAAACCACAGCACGGUGUUACUAGAGACGGUUGCUAUUCACGUAGUUGAUAAAUAUGGAAAGUUAACACCAGUCAGAGCUCUCCUCGAUUCCGGAUCGAUGUCUAAUUUUAUCACCAAGAAGUUAGCCAACGCCCUCGCCAUCCGCCCCCGCACAGUAGACGUCGCUGUAGCCGGAAUAGGUGAUUCGGUUAAGCAAAUAAAACGCCAAAUAUCAGCUACAAUCAAAUCAAGAACGAACAAAUUUUCCACUACCCUCGAGUUCCUCGUAAUGAAGAAACCUACUGCCAAUUUGCCAACGAUACCGCUUAGCACAACCUCAUGGAAAAUUCCGAAGAUCCAACUCGCGGAUCCAUAUUUUAACGAACCGGGACUAAUCGACAUCAUCAUCGGUGGUGAAUGCUAUCACGAAAUUCACACUGGGAAGCGCAUACCAAUCGGCAGUGGUCUGCCGCUGCUUAUUGAAACAGUCUUUGGGUGGACAGUUUCUGGAAAGGUACCCAUCAAAUCAACCUAUGCUCCACCCACCUGCUACAUUUCGAAUGUCGAUAGAUCGUUGGAUACCGCUCUCCAACGAUUCUGGGAGCUAGAAUCGGUACAUCAAGGUCCGUUAUAUUCCGCUGAAGAAAGAAGAUGUGAAGAAAUUUAUGCUAGCACCACCACUCGAACUCAAUCCGGGAGGUUCAUCGUUCGCCUUCCUCGGUCUGAAGAUCCGCAAGUCACCCUUGGCGAUUCGCGCGCGAUUGCCAUUCGCCGAUUUUAUAGCCUCGAAAGACGCCUCGAAAGAGAUGCCACUGUCAGAACCGCCUACCUCAAGUUUAUGGAGGAAUAUGCCAGCCUCCACCAUAUGCGAAAAAUCGAUCCAGUACCCGACAAUAAGCCUCACUGUUAUUUGCCACAUCAUCCAGUGUUCAAAGAGUCGAGCACUACCACAAAGGUACGCGUGGUGUUCGACGCCUCCUGCAAGACAAGUUCUGGAUUUUCGCUGAAUAAUACACUACUAGUUGGACCAGUAGUUCAACAAGACCUACUCUCGAUUGUGAUACGAUUCCGUUUCCACGCUGUAGCCCUUGUCGCUGACAUCGAAAAGAUGUAUCGACAAAUUGAAGUACACCCAGACGAUCAACCACUACAGCGUAUUCUCUGGCGUGCCAGCCCAUCCGAUCCACUCGCUACCUAUGAACUUUGCACAGUUACGUACGGAACUGCGUCCGCUCCGUUCCUAGCAACUCGCACCCUUCAAUAUUUAGCACAAGUAGAGGGGCACGCCUACCCAGCGGCAGCUGAUGCCGUUAAUAACGAUUUUUACGUUGACGAUCUGUUGACCGGUGCUGAUGAUCCACAAGCUGCUAUAGCUAUCCGUCAGCAAGUAGCAGCAAUGCUUAAGACUGCAGGGUUUGUGAUUAAGAAGUGGGCAUCAAACGUUCCGGAAGUAUUAACUGAUGUACCUGUGACAGAUUUAGCCAUUCAACCCCUACACGAUUUGCAAAAUGACCAAUCUAUUUCAACACUAGGUUUGGUUUGGGAUAUAAAAUGUGAUAUGUUUCGCUUCAACGUCCAGUUACCUCUCCCAGCUGCCGUUCUCACGAAGAGGAAGGUAAAAUCGUAUAUAGCCAAAAUAUUUGACCCAUUAGGCCUUGUGGGUCCCAUCAUAGCUGCCGCCAAGAUGUUCAUGCAGCGGUUGUGGAGAUUGAAAACAGAAGAUAAAAAACCAUACGUUUGGGACAGACCACUCCCACCAAGGUCACAGGAUACUUGGAGGCAAUUUCAUGCAACGCUUCACGUUCUGGAUCAAUUGAGGAUUCCCCGCUUUGUUGCUGUGCCAAUGGCAUCGAAUAUUGAAUUUCACAUUUUCUGCGACGCGUCAGAGUCCGCUUAUGGAGCAUGUUGUUUUGUGCGUUCAGAGAACUCCGAAGGUGUUAACGUACAGCUGCUAACCUCAAAGUCUAAAGUGGCGCCCAUCUCUACUAAACACACUAUAGCGAGACUUGAAUUGUGUGCUGCAGAACUUGCAGCGAAGGUAUACCAGAAGGUUACGCAAGCCAUAAAGAUUUCUACUAACACCACGUUCUGGUCAGAUUCAACCACAGUGCUUCAGUGGUUGAGAUCGCCACCAAACCGAUGGAGAACCUUUGUGGCGAAUCGUGUAUCAUUCAUCCAAACGUCUACUGAGGGCACCAAUUGGAGACAUGUGCCAGGUGUAGAAAAUCCUGCCGAUGAACUCUCACGUGGUUUGCAACCCACAGAAAUACUAACACAAACCAGAUGGUGGAAUGGUCCAGUCUGGUUAGCUCUCCCGCCAAGCAGUUGGCCGCAUUCAGUGGUCCCAAAUCAAGAAACUAUUUAUGUCGAAGAAGAAACCCGUACGGUAGCACUGAUAUCAACCACCCUGGUUGAAUCACAAUUUGCUGAUCACCUGUUUGCCAGAUAUUCGUCCUAUACAAAACUUCGACACGUCAUGGGCUACUGUCUCAAGUUUAUUCGUCUAGCUCAAAAGAAAACUCCAAAAGUAUACCCCAAUGCAUCUCGGAUGCUAUCCACAAUAGAUCUUAAAGCAGCAGAUCACGCGCUUGCACGUUUAGCUCAAGCCCAGCUCUACCCAGAUGAGCUUGCUCUGUUGAACUGUUCAACGAGAUGUGAGAAAGACCUCAAGUCAUCGCCACUCAAAUGGUUAAAACCGUUCAUGUGUGAAAACGGUCUGAUUCGAGUUGGAGGUCGCCUGUCUAACUCUGAUCUUCCCGAAGGCACGAAGCAUCCAAUUGUCGUCUCCGCAAAUCAUCCGUUGGUAGAAAUAAUCGUAACUUACUACCAUAAAUUGCUCUUGCAUGCUGGUCCCCAGCUAAUGCUCUCAACUAUUCGUCAAAAAUACUGGAUAAUUGGAGCACGAAACCUAGUCCGCCGUGUUUAUCAUCGAUGUAUCAAAUGUUUUAGGCAAAAACCAAUUUUGAUCCAGCAAGCCACAGCAGACUUGCCGAAAUCCCGAGUGUCACCAUCCCGACCGUUCUCAGUUAGUGGCGUCGAUUAUUGCGGUCCCGUAUAUUUGAAAUCCGCAGUCCGUAGACACGGACCAGUCAAGGCAUACAUUGCUAUCUUUGUCUGCUUCGCAACGAAGGCCGUUCAUAUUGAACUGGUCUCUGACCUGUCAACACCAGCUUUCCUAUCAGCCCUCCGGCGGUUCAUAGCCCGUCGUGGUCGUAUCCGUGAACUACAUUCCGACAAUGGAACCGCAUUUAAAGGGGCAGCCAACCACCUACGUCACGUUUUUGAAAUGCUAAAAUCGAAUGGAACCGAACGAGAUCGAAUUGUCGCCUGGUGUGUCGACAACGAGAUUGAGUGGAAAUUCUCGCCACCUCGAGCCCCCCAUUUCGGAGGGUUGUGGGAGGCCGCAGUAAAAUCUGCCAAGUACCACCUUCUGCGAGAAAUAGGCCACACAAGUAUCAGCCAGGAGGACAUGAUUACUCUGCUAGCACAGAUUGAAAUGUGCUUAAACUCGAGACCUUUAACACCGAUUCCUGGUGAACCCACUGACCUCGAAGUGUUAACACCAGGCCAUUUCCUGGUCGGCUCAAACAUGCAAGCAGUUCCCGAGCCAAGUCUCAUUCACACUUCGGAGUCCCAUUUAAAUCAUUGGCAACGAACGCAGAAAAUCUUCCAGCGCAUUUGGGCACGCUGGUAUCCGGAAUACCUAGCCCAACUACAAUCCCGUGCGACAAAAGGUUGCAAGCGUCCUGUUCCAAUUGAAAGGGGACGCAUAGUCGUUAUCAAAGAUGAUAAUUUACCACCUGCGACAUGGCCCUUAGGCAAAAUCGUCAAACUCCACCCAGGGAAAGACGGCGUGACUCGCGUCGUUACCAUCAAGACAGCGGUAGCAGAAAAUGUCGUUAGACCGAUAGCGAGAAUCGCUAUACUGCCAUUACCAACAGAUGCUGAAGCCAUCGAUGAAUGCUGA